AUGCGAGCAGUGGAUUCAAAUGUCAUUGUGUUCAACUUGACUAUCAAUCGAGUUCCUCCUCAACUUUCACUGUCAUCCAAUCGAAAGAUGGCUGAAGAGACACAAAAUGUCACCAUCGCCUGCACUACCACUGGUCAGCCGAUUCCCCGUAUCACGUGGUCAAAGUCAGUUGGUAGUUUGCCUGAAGACAGAACUGAAGUGAUGAAUGGAAUCCUGACAAUCUACAGUGCGACAAGAAAUGAUGGUGGAAUUUACAUUUGUAAGGCGGAGAAUAUUCUGGGAUCAGCAUCAGACACUUCAUUAGUCGUGAUAUUUUCUCGUUUGCGGUUCAAAAUCCGUCCUCCUCAAGAAGUUACUCCUGUAAUUGGUUAUAGUAUUCAUCUACCGUGUAUGGCCGAGAGUGACCUGAAACCGACAAUGGCCUGGACCAAGGAUGGCAAGUCUUCACUUCCUGUAGAGUCCAAUUUUCUACCAAAUGGAACAUUAAGGAAUCCACCAGAAGUUCGAGUAUAA